UGUGGCACCGUGGUCGACGCACCUGUGAGGAACGAUAAAUCCAGCCCGGUACCGCCUGGUGUUCACCGCCCCGGCGCACCGCACCAGCACCAUCAGCAGCGGAGACAGUGCUGCUUUUAACACGAUCCUGGAUGUUAAUAAUAACGGCUCUGUGGAGUUUACAGCUGGAUUUUAGCAGUUGGAUACUCUUGUCGAUGUGUUUAACUAAGUGAUGGAACUAAGAGAGACCAGUGGAUCCCUCAUCAGCUCUAUUUCCCAGUGGUCAACAUGAAGGAGGAAAUUCUACCCGCACUGAUAGUCAGAGAAGUCUAUUCCAUCAGACCUUGCACCAUGAGUCUUGAUAACAUCUGUACUGAAGUGUAAAAAAACACUUCAAAACUUUUCCUACUCCCCCCUUCUCUCCCUGCCCUCCUGUCUUCAAGCCUCAGGAGGGAAAAAAACAACAACUCCCCCAUACAACCACUGCCCUGCAACUACCGGACAAUUUACUGACCCGAAGACUGUUAACCACAAUGACUGUUCUCCUGCUACUGCCCCUUUCCCUUUAAAAACAUAUUUCUAUCAGAAAUAUUUAUCAGAAUAUAUCUCUGCACAUGUGUAGUGUAUAAAGUUUGUAUUAAACUGUGGAUCCCUGGAAUUCAGCCCGACCCUCCAAGGAUUCAAUCUGAUUGAUUCGCCUCACUUGGAUUAAUAUAUUCUUUGCAACUAUGGGUCUUGUAGGUAUUUCUAUGUGGCUGCAAGUGUUCCUCAGCACCUGUCGGGGACUGGAAUUUUUAGGCACACCAGGUCAGUGGGCACGCUACCUCCGCUGGGACGCCAGCACCCGCGGUGACCUCAGCUUUCAGUUCAAGACGGAGGCCUCGGAGGCGCUCCUGCUGUACUUUGACGAUGGAGGCUACUGUGACUUUUUGCAGCUGUCAGUGGUCGAGGGCCGACUGCAGCUAAGUUUCAGCAUCGACUGUGCCGAGACCACGGUCGUAUCAGACAGACGGGUGGAUGACGGCAGCUGGCACUUUGCCACUCUGAGCAGGUAUAACCUGCGCACAGUGCUCGUACUGGACGGCCAGGCCAAAGCAGACGAGGUGCGGCCUCAGCGUUUGUUCAUGAAAAUAGUCAGUGAUCUGUUCCUGGGCGGAGUGCCUCAGGAUAUCCGCAACGGUGCACUCACACUGCCUACGGUGCGAAACAUGCAGCCCUUCAGGGGAACAAUUACAGACCUCAAAUAUGGCACUUCACAGCCCCAGUUUCUGGGAAGCCUUAAGGUGCCCCUCGAAUCAGAAGGUUGGUGCACGGUGAACCCGUGUGAGAAUGGCGGAACAUGCACAGUAGUGGAUGGAGAGCUGGUCUGUGACUGCUCCAAAACCGAAUACAAGGGCCGCUUCUGCAAUGAAGAGGUCAACAACAAUAUGCCAGCGAGGGAAGAGAACGUGGCUACCUUCCGUGGCUCGGAGUACUUCUGCUACGAUCUCUCCCAGAACCCCAUCCAGAGCAGCAGUGAUGAGAUCACGCUGUCCUUCAAGACGUGGCAGCGCAACGGCCUUAUCCUUCACACCGGCAAAUCAGCUGACUAUGUCAACCUGGCGCUGAAGGACGGCGCUGUCUCCCUCGUUAUCAACCUGGGCUCCGGAGCCUUCGAGGCCAUCGUUGAACCAGUCAAUGGAAAGUUUAAUGACAACACGUGGCACGAUGUCAAAGUGACCCGCAACCUUCGGCAGGUGACAAUAUCAGUGGACGGGAUUCUGACCACCACGGGUUACACCCAGGAGGACUACACCAUGUUAGGCUCAGAUGACUUCUUCUAUGUGGGUGGAAGCCCGAGCACAGCUGACCUGCCUGGAUCUCCAGUCAGCAACAACUUCAUGGGCUGUCUCAAGGAGGUGGUGUAUAAGAAUAAUGACAUCCGCCUCGAGUUGUCCCGUCUGGCUCGCAUUGUGGACCCGAAGAUGAAGAUCCAGGGUGACGUGUCCUACAAGUGUGAGAAUGUCGCCACUCUGGACCCCAUUUCUUUCGAGACUCCAGAGGCCUACAUCAGCCUCCCAAAGUGGAACACCAAACGGAUGGGAUCCAUUUCUUUCGAUUUCCGCACAACCGAGCCCAACGGCCUCAUCCUCUUCACCCACGGCAAACCUCAGGAGCGCAAAGACGCUGCCCGCAGCCAGAAGAACACCAAGGUGGAUUUCUUUGCAGUAGAGCUACUGGAUGGCAGUCUGUACCUUCUAUUGGACAUGGGCUCAGGGACUAUCAAGGUGAAGGCCACCCAGACGAAGGUCAAUGAUGGCGCCUGGUAUCAUGUGGACAUCCAGAGAGAUGGACGCUCAGGAACCAUCUCUGUAAACAGCAGACGGACUCCAUUCACAGCCAGUGGUGAGAGCGAGAUUCUGGACUUGGAGGGCGACAUGUACUUGGGGGGGCUUCCCAAUGACCGCACCAACCUCAUCCUGCCCACCGAGCUAUGGACGGCAAUGCUCAACUACGGCUAUGUGGGCUGUAUCCGUGAUCUUUUCAUUGAUGGUCGAAGCAAAGAUAUCCGUCAGAUUGCUGAGGCACAAAAUGGCGCUGGCAUCAAACCGUCAUGCAACAAGCAACCAGGCAAGCAGUGUGAGAGCUACCCGUGCAAGAACCGAGGUGUCUGCAAAGAAGGCUGGAAUCGAUUCAUCUGUGAUUGCACCGGCACUGGCUACUGGUCACGCACCUGUGAGAGAGAGGCGUCCAUCCUUUCCUAUGAUGGCAGCAUGUACAUGAAGGUGGUGAUGCCAAACAUCAUGCACACUGAAGCUGAGGAUGUCUCCCUUCGUUUCCGCUCCCAGCGGGCCUAUGGCCUUCUCAUGGCCACCACCUCCCGAGACUCAGCCGACACGCUCAGGCUGGAGUUGGACGGGGGUCGCGUUAAACUCACUGUCAACCUAGACUGUAUCAGGAUAAACUGUAACUCCAGCAAGGGACCAGAGACCCUGUAUGCCGGGCAAAAGCUCAAUGAUAAUGAAUGGCAUACAGUGCGAGUGGUGCGCCGUGGCAAAACCUACAAGCUAACUGUUGACGAUGAUGUAGCAGAAGGCCAAAUGGUGGGCGACCACACUCGCCUGGAGUUCCAUAACAUCGAAACAGGCAUCAUGACAGAACGUCGAUUUGUUUCCAGCAUACCCUCCAGCUUCAUUGGUCAUCUGCAGAGCCUUAGAUUUAACGGCAUGCUCUACAUCGACCUGUGCAAGAAUGGUGACAUUGAUUAUUGCGAGCUCAAUGCCCGCUUUGGGAUUCGUUCUAUUAUCGCCGACCCUGUCACCUUCAAAUCCAAGAGCAGCUAUCUGAGCCUGGCCACCCUGCAGGCCUACGCAUCCAUGCACCUCUUCUUCCAGUUCAAGACCACCUCACCAGACGGCUUCAUAAUCUUCAACUCUGGAGAUGGCAAUGAUUUUAUUGCUGUAGAACUGGUUAAAGGAUACAUCCAUUAUGUUUUUGAUCUUGGAAAUGGGCCCAACCUCAUCAAGGGCAAAAGUGACAGGGCACUGAAUGACAACCAGUGGCACAAUGUGGCCAUCACCCGGGACAACAGCAACACCCACACACUGAAAGUAGACGCUACAGCCACUAGUCAGAGUAUCAAUGGGGCCAAGAACCUGGACCUGAAAGGUGAUCUGUUCAUCGCAGGACUGGGUCCAGGCAUGUAUGGCAGCCUGCCUAAACUGGUGGCUUCCAGAGAAGGCUUCCAGGGCUGUCUGGCAUCAGUGGAUCUCAACGGUCGCCUGCCUGAUCUCCUCAAUGACGCUUUGUUUCGCAGUGGGCAGAUUGAGCGUGGAUGCGAAGGUCCCAGCACCACCUGUCAGGAGGACUCCUGUGCCAACAUGGGUAUUUGCAUCCAGCAGUGGGAGAACUACACGUGUGACUGCUCCAUGACCUCCUACACUGGAACACAAUGCAACGACCCUGGGACGACGUACAUCUUUGGGAAAGGAGGAGGACUCAUUACAUUCAACUGGCCAACCAAUGAGAGACCGAGCACCAGGACAGACAGGCUGACGGUUGGUUUUAGCACUUCCCUGAAAGAUGGUAUCCUGGUCAGGAUUGACAGUGCAGCUGGUCUUGGGGACUAUCUCAUGUUGCACAUAUGUCAGUUGAAAGAUGGAGUUCACUACAAGCAACAAGGCAAAAUUGGAGUGACAUUCAACAUUGGCACAGUGGAUAUCAGUGUGCAGGAGAACAGUACGCCAGUGAAUGAUGGGAAGUAUCAUGUUGUUCGCUUCACCAGGAAUGGUGGCAAUGCUACGCUGCAGGUGGAUAACUGGUCGAUCAACGAACACUUCCCAUCAGGGAUCAGUGACAUUGAACGCUAUGCAGUGGCAAAUAAGAAAAUUCCUUUCAAAUACGCCAGACCAGUAGAAGAGUGGCUACAAGAGAAAGGACGGCAGCUAACAAUUUUUAACACUCAAGCAACAGUCGCUAUCGGUGGAAGUGACCGCUCCCGGCCUUUUCAGGGUCAGCUGUCUGGCCUUUAUUACAACGGCCUCAAAGUGUUGAACAUGGCUGCUGAGGGCCACCACAAAAUCAUAAUUAAUGGAAGUGUGAGGUUGGUAGGUGAUGUGCCUAGUGUGGCAGACUCAGCCAAGACCACCGCCUUGUCUCCAGAGAUGUCCACCACCUUCAUUGAGACUACCACCAUGAUGUCCACCACUACCACACGGAAACACAGAUCCCCCUCGACUGUACAGAAGCACACAGAAGACAUUGUGUCAUCUGCAGAGUGUUCGAGUGAUGACGAAGACCUGGAGGAGUGUGAAACUAGCCAUGCAGCACUCCCUACAGAGCCGGGCGUCAGGCGAGUUCCAGGGCCCUCGGAAGUGGUCCGUGAAUCUAGCAGCACCACCGGGAUGGUCAUCGGAAUAGUGGCGGCCGCUGCCCUCUGCAUCCUCAUCCUUCUGUAUGCCAUGUAUAAGUACAGGAACAGGGAUGAAGGCUCCUACCAAGUGGACGAGAGCAGAAACUACAUAACCAACUCAGCUGUGCAGAGCAACGGGGCUGUCAUGAAGGACAAACAGCAGAGCUUGAAAGGCAGCAACAAGAAACAGAAAAAUAAGGAUAAGGAGUAUUAUGUGUGACUGUGAGACUUUCGUGAACAUGAGAGAGUGAAGAAAGAAAGAAAGAAAGAAAGAAAUAAAGCACUGAGAGAACAUUUACUUAUCUGUUUCCUUGCGAGGAGCUAUGACAAAUGAUGGUAUAACAUGGAACUUGAAUAAUCUUAUACUGUGCUGAGUAGUUGAACUGAUGAUAUGUACUGUAAUAUAAAGCACACUUACUAUUGUAAGCAUAAAGACAAGGCUAAAUAGAAACUUUAGAGACCUUACUCUUCUAUCUGGUCAGAGACGUUAUCAGUAUAGAAUAUUUCACAACUACAUCAUUCUCCCAAGUGACUUUUAGAGCUAUGUGAUCCUUGGCAUUAAACAAAAAACUUUUUUGUAAAAUUCUUAAUUACAAAAGGCUCAUAAUCUUACACAUUUUCAGCAUGUAAGCAACAUGUAGUGCUUAACAAGAGGGGGUCAGGCACACCGUCAUUGUAAAAGUAAAAAAGGACUCUUGUUGUAUCAGAGUAUGACAAAUUUUUAUGGUUUAUACAUAAUACAGGUGUGGUGUCUAACUUAUUUUUGCUUUAAGCAAAAGGGAAAAAAAUGACAAAAAGACAGCAAGAAAAGAAAACUAUUUCUGUGUAUAAAAUGAUACCAAGUGAGUAAAUUGCUGACAGCAAUUCUCCUAAAAUCUGUUUUUGCUCUGGCAUCUGAUUCAUCUAAAUUAUUCUCAUUCUUCGACUGGCAGAGUGUCUCACUUUGUGGAAAGAAGUGGCUGGUUCUCUAGGUAAAAAGCAACUGAUUGUAAAAUGCAUGCCAUCCUAAUUCUACAGUAAAGUCCAGUACAGUAAAAGUCCAGUAUACAGUGUUUAACUUGGACCGACUUAUUUUAAUCAAGGCCAAACUGUUCUUCUUUAUCAGAUCAGAACUUAGCCCCUCUCCUCCUCCGAACCCCUCGGAAAUGUUAAGCAUUAAAAAAGCAUCUCUUAAAAAAAGGUCUAUCAUCGAUGCACAGCCGGAGGUGGUUUUAUCUUUUAGAAAACUGUAUGUUGGUUCAUUGCCUGUCGUUCUCUUUUUCUAUGAAGGUGUCAGGAGGAAGACAAAUGCAGUACUACAACACUGUUAACAAAUGUGUAUACAGAAAUAAAUCAAAUGUUGAAAGUGUGAAUUAUAUCUUCUGUCACAGUAAACUGUGUCAAAAAACAAGAAAUUUGUUUACAUAUUUUAUUACAUGCUAGCUGUUGUACUUUGUAGGUAGGAAAUUGUACAUAUACCAUGACAGUUGUAAUUUUUAGUACCUCUAUUGUACAGACUGAGCAUAUGGUUUAUCAGCGUAUUUCAUGACAGAAUCUAUUAACUGUUAAUUUACAUGGAGAAAAACUUUAAUCGGAAUGUGGAGAAUCAUAUUGAUAUUUCAUAAAGAAUAAAAAUGUAUUGUUAGCCUAGAGAUCUAACCAGAGAUGUUUCUAAAGUUGCAUGAAUAUUUAACUACUUGCAGUUGUCCAACAAAUACAAGGUGCCCUUCCUUCUGUAUCAUGGCUUUCUUGUUCUGGGUUACACUAGUGAUAUUUUCUUUUUGGAAGAGAAUAAAGUCAGAGUUAUUACAGAAAGACAACGAGGCUAUAAUGGAUGGGGUAGUUUAAAAGAGCUAAAAAUGGUAUAUUUUUGUUUUGUUUUUUAAGUGGGACUGGUCACCUCAAAUCAUUGUCUCGUCACAUUUUUUUUUAUCAUUUGUUAACAAUAUUUACCUGUCCAUUUACGUUUACAUUAUCUGCCAAGCGUCAUUUAAUGAUGUGGAGGUGCAGUCUUUUUCUUGCCUGAAAUUCACAUUUUUUGUGUUAUAAUUGUUACUUUUCAUAACUUUUUUUCAUCAGUUUGAUAACAAAUAAAACAUUCUCUUUUUCUCUGAAAUUAUACUGUAGUCUUUGGAUAAAUCCAGUUAUGCAAUUACUCAUGGUCAUACUGUACCAAAAUUAAUAUUUGCACUCAUUCUCACCAUAGAAUAAUUCA